GCGCGCGGCCUCCUGAGCGGCGGCGGCGGCGGCGACGGCGGCAGCGGCGAGGUUUGGGCUGCGGCUCCGGCGAAGGGUUCGCGGCCGGGGCGGGCGCCGCGGGCCGGGGCAGGAGGACCAGUGCCCGGAGCCGGGUCGUAGCCCAGAACUCGCGACAAAGCUGCGUUGCUGCUGCUGCGGGGCUCGGGCGCGCGGCCCGCCGUGACCGAGGACGGCGGGGCAGCAGGGCGCGGGAGCCUCGGGCCGGAGCGCGCCAGGGGAGGUUCACUUCUAGAAGAGUCAAGCCAAGAAGAUCAAAGGUGCUGCCUCCACCCUGCAUGCUCUUCGUCAGAUGAUGGAUUUGGACGUGCUUCUAUGAAGAAAUGCCACAUGUCUGUACUGGUCCAAGAACAAACAUGUCCAAACUGCUGCCACCUUAGGGGACUGGGGAGUGGUGCUAGCACUUCCCCGGGACUCAGGCGUGGUCUGACCCAAGAACAGGAAGUACAUCAUCACCAAUGACAUCAUGACAGCAAGAGAGCACAGCCCUCGCCAUGGCGCCAGGGCCCGUUCCAUGCAGCGGGCUUCCACCAUUGAUGUGGCGGCCGACAUGCUGGGCCUCUCUCUGGCAGGAAAUAUACAGGAUCCAGAUGAGCCCAUUUUAGAAUUCAGUUUAGCUUGCAGUGAGCUGCAUACUCCAUCGCUAGAUCGAAAACCAAAUAGUUUUGUAGCAGUGAGUGUCACCACCCCUCCUCAGGCAUUCUGGACGAAGCAUGCACAGACGGAGAUCAUCGAGGGAACCAACAAUCCUAUAUUUCUAAGCAGUAUUGCCUUCUUUCAAGACUCCCUUAUUAAUCAGAUGACACAGAUCAAACUCUCCGUAUAUGAUGUUAAAGAUAGAUCUCAGGGAACAAUGUACUUACUGGGCUCUGGAACAUUCAUUGUCAAAGAUCUGCUCCAGGACAGGCAUCACAGGUUGCAUUUAACACUAAGGUCUGCAGAGAGUGACCGUGUGGGUAACAUCACAGUAAUCGGCUGGCAGAUGGAGGAGAAGUCAGACCAGCGGCCCCCCGUGACCCGGUCUCUGGACACCGUCAAUGGGAGGAUGGUUCUGCCCGUGGAUGAGAGCUUGACGGAGGCAUUGGGAAUCCGAUCCAAAUAUGCUUCAUUGAGAAAAGACACUUUACUGAAAUCUGUGUUUGGUGGUGCCAUCUGCCGCAUGUACCGGUUCCCGACCACCGACGGCAACCACCUGCGGAUUCUGGAGCAGAUGGCCGAGAGCGUGCUCUCCCUGCACGUGCCCCGGCAGUUCGUGAAGCUCCUGCUAGAGGAAGAUGCGGCCAGAGUGUGUGAACUGGAAGAAUUGGGGGAUCUGUCCCCUUGCUGGGAGAGCCUCCGGCGCCAGAUUGUCACUCAGUACCAGACCAUCAUCCUCACAUACCAGGAGAACCUGACCAACCUCCAUCAGUACAAAGGUCCCUCAUUUAAAGCAAGCAGUUUGAAAGCAGAGAAAAAGUUAGAAUUUGUUCCCACAAACUUGCAUAUACAAAGGAUGAGAGUUCAAGAUGAUGGAGGAUCAGAUCAGAACUAUGACAUCGUCACCAUCGGAGCGCCAGCAGCACACUGCCAAGGUUUUAAGUCAGGAGGUCUCCGCAAAAAGCUGCACAAAUUUGAAGAGACCAAGAAGCACAGUUUUGAGGAGUGUUGUACCUCAUCCAGCUGCCAGUCCAUAAUCUAUAUACCACAGGACAUUGUCAGAGCCAAGGAGAUAAUUGCUCAGAUCAAUACCCUGAAAACCCAAGUGAGUUACUACGCAGAGCGGCUCUCGAGGGCGGCCAAGGAUAGGUCUGCCACUGGCCUCGAAAGAACACUUGCUAUCUUGGCAGACAAGACGCGGCAGCUGGUCACCGUCUGCGACUGCAAGCUGCUGGCCAGCUCCAUCCAUGGGCUGAAUGCGGCCCGGCCGGACUACAUUGCCUCCAAGGCCUCCCCGACCUCAAGUGAGGAGGAGCAGGUAAUGCUUAGAAACGACCAGGACACCCUCAUGGCCAGGUGGACGGGGAGGAACAGCCGGUCUUCUCUGCAGGUGGACUGGCACGAGGAGGAGUGGGAGAAAGUGUGGCUGAAUGUUGACAAGAGCUUGGAGUGCAUCAUUCAGCGGGUAGACAAGCUGCUGCAGAGGGAGCGCCUGCAUGGUGAGGCCUGUGAGGACGUCUUCCCCUGUGCGGGCAGCUGCACCAGCAGGAAAGGUAACCGGGACAGCCACGCCUACUGGAUCAGGCCAGAGGACCCCUUCUGCGACAUGCCCUCCUCGCCAUGCCCCUCCACCGUGCCCUCUGCUGCAUGCCAUCCUCACCCGAGCACACAUUGCAGCCCCCCUCCAGACGAGUCCAGCCCAGGAGAAUGGAGUGAGGCUCUUUACCCGCUGCUGACGACCCUCACGGACUGCGUGGCCAUGAUGAGUGACAAGGCCAAGAAGGCGAUGGUCUUCCUGCUCAUGCAGGACAGCGCUCCCACCAUAGCCACAUACCUGAGCCUGCAGUACCGCCGCGACGUGGUCUUCUGCCAGACGCUGACCGCCCUCAUCUGUGGCUUCAUCAUCAAGCUGAGGAACUGCCUGCAUGACGACGGCUUCCUGCGGCAGCUCUACACCAUCGGGCUGCUCGCCCAGUUUGAGAGCCUGCUGAGCACCUACGGUGAGGAGCUGGCCAUGCUGGAGGACAUGAGCCUCGGAAUCAUGGACUUGAGGAACGUGACCUUCAAAGUCACUCAGGCCACUUCCAGUGCAUCGACUGACAUGUUGCCGGUCAUCACGGGAAAUCGGGACGGGUUUAAUGUGCGGAUCCCUCUGCCGGGCCCCCUGUUCGACGCCCUGCCCCGGGAGAUCCAGAGCGGCAUGCUGCUGCGCGUGCAGCCCGUCCUCUUCAAUGUGGGCAUCAACGAGCAGCAGACGCUGGCAGAGAGGUUUGGUGACACAUCUUUACAAGAAGUUAUCAACAUGGAAAGUUUGGUGCGGUUAAAUUCCUACUUCGAGCAGUUUAAGGAAGUUCUGCCUGAGGACUGCCUGCCUCGGUCUCGGAGCCAGACGUGCCUGCCGGAGUUGCUGCGCUUUCUGGGUCAGAACGUGCAUGCUCGGAAGAAUAAGAACGUUGACAUUCUCUGGCAAGCUGCCGAGAUCUGCCGCCGCCUUAACGGGGUCCGGUUCACCAGCUGCAAGAGCGCCAAGGACCGCACAGCCAUGUCGGUGACGCUGGAGCAGUGCUUGAUUCUGCAGCAUGAGCAUGGCAUGGCCCCGCAGGUCUUCACGCAGGCCCUGGAGUGCAUGCGCAGCAUUGGAACACGGGAGGUAGUCACCCAGAAGAACUUGAGUGGCCUGGCGCCCAUCCGAGACUUAAGACUAGAUCCCAGCCUCCUCUGUUCCAUCCCCUUAUUAGCUCUGAGCCCCAAUUUACUGAUUGUGUGGCUCUUCCUGAGCAUAGCAUACCUGGUGACCAAAUUGCGUUGCAAAUGAUUAUCAUUACGAAAUAUUCAUAAUAAGUCACAAGAAAAACAAAAGUGCCAGAAUCCGUCCAGCCACCGUGUACCUAACUGGACAGAAGGAGUGUGUCAGAGCGUGUUCCACCAAGAACUAUCUCAUGCCUUACAGUUUGAUGUAUUUUGUUCUGAACUGUAAAUAUCUGCCAAUUAUUUCACUGAGAGGUAUUGAUCAUUUAAAUUCUGCAGAGUUUUCAGUGCUUGUAAGAUGUUCUUACAGCACCCGGUUACUGCAUUGUUUAGCCGGCCUGGAAUUACUUGUACCAAAUCUCUUACUUUCUGAUGUAAAACUAUUUAUUACCUGUAUAUCUCCUUUGCCCUGUUUCCAAGAGAAAGGAAAUCUGUCUGAAAAGAAUUUGUAUAUUUGAUACUACUAUUUAACUGUACUGCUAACCUUUCUUUCCUUUUGAAGAGAAAUGAAAAGAAAAGGAUAGAUGUUUUGUAACUGGCUCACCUAGAAAAACCUAUUUAAUAGGACAUGUACUUUCUGCUUUCAUUUCAAAGCGUAGUCCCUCAAAUUAUAGUAGCAAACAGUUUGCAGAAUCAUAACAUUUCCUUAUGUUUAUUCUUUCCGACUUGAGAUGACACAAAGCUGUGGUACAAUUGCACAUUGUACCAAGUCAGGCACAAAAAAAAAAUAACAUAUCGCAUGUGACUUUAGGUUUACUCUAUUAAAUCUUUAAGGAUCAUUAAAACUGAUUCAGGAAAUGCAUAUAGUAACAAAAGGCUGUUAAAAGUUAGAUACAUUUAUUCUUCUUGAAAUAGCGUUUUUCAUCUCAAAACUUGCAUCUUUAAUUUCAGAUUUUAAAGUCCAGACAUCUUUUCUCUUUUACAAAUCAAAUGUGGUUAAUAAUGAAAAAAGAAGGCAAAGAAAUAUGAUAAAAAAAAUGAGAUCUAACUUUUGGACAGUUGAGCCACAUGGAGCUGAGAGGAAGAGUUGCUUUGGUUCCUGCUAUUAUCACUCUUAAUUUUAAGUACAUGUCCAUAAAAUGGCAUGACUUGUAACACUCACAUUUGUCAGAAGGGUAACUGUGCACCUGUAAAGGUAACAAUAAAUUAGGGUAAAGUUCCACAGACCCUGUAUGAGAAAUAUUCAGGGGCUUCUCUGUUUUCUAGUUCAAAUUGUAUUGUGCUUCCUUUUACCUCUAGCUGGUUCCCUGUGCACUGAAUGUUAUGAAAGUGGAUUUCUUUUUACCAGUCUAGAAAACUGGAGUGGAUUUAGAGAAGCUGUCUUUUUAGGAAGCAUCACACCCAUGCAUGCACAGAAACCCAGUCCACUACAAGAUCUGGCCUCUGUGGCUCUUCCCCAAGAUGUCAGAAUUUAUUCUGGGAUUUCUCUGGUUUGGUGUCAGAUCUGAGUCCGGGUUCUGGGAACUGUAGAAGCACUUGGCAGUAAAGGACAAAUGUCAGACUCAGACCAAACUAAUAAACGGAAGGCUGUCCUCCUCACACCCCAAGAUGUCCUUGUUGCCUAGCCCUCCUGAACACGGCAGGGCCCAGGGCAGGUGGCACGCCUGCAGGUGGAUCCGGUUCACUCUGUCUUUUCUCGGACAAGGGCGGUGGCUGCCCUGGGGCACAGCUCCUGGGGUGCCUCCGUGGGGAGCCUCUCACUGAAUGCCAAGGGGCUGGCGAUGUUGAGUCGCAGCAGCAUGACGUCAGUCACUAGACGAGGCCUGUCCAAGUCUGUGGUUCUUAGGGAGAUGCACUCCCCAUUCGCCUGCCUUCACGUUGAGCUAUGUGUCCACUAAGAUCAUUAUGUUUAUUUGAUUUAAAAGUAGUAGAGUCCACAGGCCCUGCUCUGUUCAACGUGCUUCUCAUGCCCCCGGGGGGUGGCACCUGCUGGCAUCCUCCUGCUGUCAGGGUGGAGACUGUGCUCGGAGGAGGGAGGCCCUCUGACUAGACAGCGCUGCCCCCUCCUCUCUGGGCCCGGGGGUGCUUCUGUGACACUCUCCAGAGGCUCCUCCCAGGGCCGCCUUGCAGCCAGCUAGGGGAGGCCCUCCGGGGGCCCCAUGGGCACCCCGGCCUGCCCCUCGGCUGCCCUGGUGCCGGCCAGGCCUUUCUGCUCCAUGUGGGUUUGGCUGCUAGGUUGAGGGAGAAAUGGGUGGCAGGGGGAGAGGAUAAAGUUCUUUAUUUUUCUCUCUCGGAGCUGGGUCAAAAGGCACUCCAUUUUGGCACUACAGUCCUUAGGCCUGGCUUGAAAGAGUGCACCAUGAGAUCAGCAUAGGCUGUUGGUUGUAGUUGUUUUUCUUUAGGAUAUCUAAGAGAGGAGACCUGGUCCACUUGCCCUUUGUGCUGUUUUAAUAUCCCUAAUGCUUUUUCCUUGUGAAAUCAGGCUAAGUAUAUAUCCACAGUCUUUUCUGCUUUAGUAAGAAAUAGGCAGCAUGAAACAAAGAUGGGAAGAUGAUUCAAGAAGGGAGUCAUUGCUGUCUGGCAAUGGUGUUCAGGUCCUGUAAGGUGAUGCUGGUGCUGAGACUGAGUAGACGUGCAGGGUCACUCAGGCACCGAAGCGUGGAUGAUGCCCGCCGAGGGGGAAAGCCAGGCAUCCCUACAAUUAGGUGUCAGGUGGGCCUCCAUUCUCAGUUUUCAUUUAAAUAAUGGGUGUCCUUGAAAAGAAAUAAUUUAUGGAUAUAAUAAAAAAUAAUCACAUAGUUUUGAAACAAUUAAAUCCCUCUUUCGAAGUCUGUCCAAGACCUUCUCAGUGUAUGUUACUGACCCCUAAAAACGGCCCAGCCAGUGCGACCGCCACAAGUGCCCUGCUUAGGACGCAGGCUGGCCCCGCAGCGGGAGGCCGGUUUCCACGGCUUGCCCACCCCGGCCCGGGGGCCGAGCCUGUCUGCACAUGCAGUGACAGUGUUGGCACCAGAGUAGCCUCAGUGGACACAUUUUGUAAAUUCAAAUUCAAAUUUUCCUUAAAAAUUAAGUUGAAAGUGUAAUCUUGAUUCUAAUUUCAUGUAUACUGCAUUCAGCCAACUAAACCAGUAAUUACCUAAUUUAAGGUGUAAAUAAAAGAUAAUGUCAAUGUUCACAAACUCUUCUUCUUUGCUGCUCAAAGCAGUUUGACAUUAGUAGUGACAGACAGUUUUUGAGAAGUGGGUAUAUCUCUCUAUAUAUGGAGAAGCCACAUCUGAAGAGUCCAGUAACUUCUAGAGUCAACAGGACAAACUGUGCAUGGGAACCUAGCUUCUGCUUAAAAUGGAAUUAUAUUUUUAAUCUGAGCAUUGGAUGUCAAACAAACGUGAUCAUUGUUUAUCCUAGAGGCUCCUUGCCGAACGGUCGAGGCGUUGAGCUCAGAUGACAUGCAUCUAGCUGAGGGCUUCAGGCUCUGGUGACAAGAAAACAUGAGUCGCUAAACUGCUUAAUAACAAGCAGGUGGAUGCUUUUCUAAAAUUCCUGAGCUUAUCUUUUGAAUAAAAUCACUGUCUUACUCAAAAUAUUUUACAUGUUCUUGAUAAUGAGAUAAAAUCAUUUUCACUUUAGAGGCUUGAGCAAAUGCCACUGAUAUUUUUUUAAAAUGCAUGACAUAAUGGUCUUCAUACAAUUUGAAAUGUUUUUUUUUAAAUCACUGUUUCUUGGUAACUGCAAAUUUUACAUCUCAUAAGGGGAUUUUGUACUAAAUUUGAUACUAAUUGAUCUUAGAAUAAUAUAGUCUUAGAAUAAUAUAAAAAUACAAAGUUAUACUGUGCUGCCGGAAGUCAUUAUAUUUAGGAUCACUUUUGUUAAUUUGAUGUCUGCACCAGAACAUUGCCCAGAGAACCCUCCUGAUGCACUCCUUGGGGGAUGCGAGGCCUGCCUGAUGGCUCCUCCUCCUCCUCCUGUUCAGCAUUGGCUUGUGCCCACGGGGUUGCCAUGACAACCCUCCAGCAAAUGCAGCAGGGGACUCAGGUUCUCGGGGGAAGGGCACCUGUGGGCUGUCCCUGGCUCAGUGGCUCUCUAGAGAGAGGUAACUACAAACGAGGACAGCCCACCUUGGAGAAGUGGCUGGCUGCCGCCAGACCUGGGUGGGGCCAGCCCUUUACAGUACUCCAGCCCUGCUGGCCAUGCACUCAUUGUGCAGCUGUCCAUUAGGCCUCCUCGAUUGCUCUGCACCCAGGACAGCUGUCACCUAUGCGGAGGUGGUGUGUUAGAGUAGACUUCUCAGCCAGAUGGCUGGCUUUGCUACAUGUUGAAUUCUCCAAGGAAAAUCAGCAUUUUUGAAUUUGAGGUUCAUUAAUGGCUUAAAGGCAGCUCUUAAAUGUCUUUGGUAAGCACGUUAUUUCUUUUUCCAUUUAAUUUGCUAUUUAACAGAACCUUUGAACCCCUGGUUAGGACAGAACCCUCAAAUAACUAGACAUGAAAUACAUAAAACCAUUAGCUUAAAAAAAAGUUUGCUUGCGCAUAGAUACAGCGCUGCUUUUGGAAAUGCGAAUCCCGCAGUCCCAUAAGCUUGUGUCCGUCUCUGUGCUUCUUAACUGCCUUGUUCAGAACCCCGCCAUCUUAUGUGUGUAUUGUUGUAAAUGAGUCCAGCACCCAUGUAAAUUAAUCAACCUUUUUUUUUAACGCUAUGAAUAUAAUCAGUUCAUUUCAUCUUAGUUUAAGUCUUUUCUUUUUUCCUUUUUUACUGCUGUCAUUUCUUGUGCUUGUUUUUUCCCCAGUGAGGGUUGUCGAAGAGAAAAUACAAUGAAGAAUGUUGGAAGUCGCAAAUAUGCGUUUAAUUCCCUGCAGCUGAAGGCUUUCCCCAAGCAUUACAGGCCUCCCGAAGGGACUUACGGCAAAGUUGAAACAUGAACACACGGUUUCCUCUAAUUAGCUGUUACAUAAUUAAUGUGGGUACCCUCUAGUGGCGUAUAUGAAUUCUUCAAGAAGACCUGAAGGAUUGGUUUUUAUUUUUGUGUUUUAAAAAACAAUUCACUUAAGAGUCUAUGGAACAUGUUUUUUUCGGUCGAAAUCAGUAGGAGGUAAUGUGUGGCUCGGUAGCGUGGCUAGUAACCACUGCCCCUUUAAAUAGCCUUCAGCGUAACCACACAGGUACCACCCACAGUUACCUACGUGAACCAAGCUAGGUAUGUCUGAAACGCUAAAGGACUUUUUUAAAUGCCCACUUAGGCAGCUGCUCACUUAGCAUAUUUUUCUACUGAGUAACUCAGAAUUAAGCAUUGAAUUUCAAUCUACUUUUUAAAAAUCUGAAUGUAUGUGAAACAGUAAAUCAUAUGUUAAAUAAAUGGAUCUUGAGCAGAGCAAUCAACGUUAAAUGUUUACUCCAGUUCUGGGAAAGAAGCUAGCUCUGGCUCCUGCAGUGACAGCCAGUGGUUCUAAGGAAGUAUCCUGAUACCAUGGGUGAAACCUGAAAUUGAAGUAAAGGUUGCUAAAUCAGCCUGAGCUAAAACUCUUAGCUGAUCA